AUGAAAGACUCCUAUCAAUUCGUUGAGAGAAUUAAGUCUGUGUUGGUGGAUGAUGACUACUUACUCAUUUCUUUAGACGUAGUUUCAUUAUUCACUAAUGUAAAGCAAGACCUAAUAAUUACCAUCAUUAAAGAACGGUGGAAUGUCAUAAAAGAUUUUAUCAAUUUGGACCAAGAUCUCCUAUUAGAUCUCGUGAAAUUUUGUUUUCACUCUGGGUAUUUCCUGUUUCAAAGGAAUUAUUAUAUACAGAAAGAAGGAUGCGGGAUGGGUAGUCCAGCAAGUCCCGUGAUUGCCAUCACUGCAGUAGAUUAUGUGAUAUCAAAAGCCCUGGAGAAAGCCAUACGUCUAAGUCAUGUGAAUAUGGUGGCUGUAAGUACUGGUAAAGUGAAACACUUGCUCAUGAACAACAACUAUCCGUCAUCUCUUCUCAGGAAGUGUGAGAAAAUUACUAAUGAUAGAAUUAAUAGUAAUUUGAGGAUUGAGGCUGGUUUGAGAGGGUGGUCGUUCUGUAAGUUUCCCUAUAUUGAAGGAUUGGAUGCUUGUUCAGGCAGACUAAUUGUAAAUUAG